CGUUUAGUUAUUUUACUUAUCUUGUCUAUAUCUUUUUGAAUGGACACCGAACAGAGGCAUGGGUUCUUCGAUCUAUCUGUGAACAACACAGCGGAGCACCCUCGCCUCUCUCAGUUAUUUUCAACUCCCAGUCGCCCCAAUUCUAUUUACGAAAAUGAAGACAGAACUGACACUCGCAGGAACGAAAAGGAACCGGGAGGUCAUGUCACCUUUCCUCCAAAACUCGAACAACGAUUCAAUCCUCCCAAUCCGCAAGGUUGUGAUCAGGGUUCUGAUGAGGAUCAGAACCCGGAUCCGUUGCCCACAAGAACCGAACGAUUGCUGGAAUACCUGCACGAAAAAUUUCCCAGUCGAGUCGUACGAAGGGUCCUCAAAUGUACAAUUGCUUACUUUGUUUCUACGCUGUUCAGCCUGUUUCCCCAGAUUGUCCAGGCGCUCGGGCCGGCCCCGUUUCUCGUUACCACGGGCAUGCUGUUCAGUCACCCUGGACGCAGCAUGGGAGCCCAAUUUGAUGCCACGGUGACGGCCGUUCUUGGUGUCGUACUCGCUGUCUUGUACGCAUUUGCCGCUUUAGCUGCUUCCACCGCUUACAACGUCCGACAUAUGGACACUUACACGGAUAAUCCAGUGGGCCUCACUGUCAACGCCAUCUUUUUGUUUUGUGGCAUUUUUGGCGCGCAAAUGCUUCGACAAAUGUUGCCCAAGUUCCAUUUUUUCUCUUUGCAAUUUAUGAUUGUUCAGAUUUUUAGCUUGACUCGUGGCGUCAAUCUAACAUCAGUGCCAUUUCAUUUACCUCUUGAUUUCGGAAUUCCGCUCAUGAUCGGGGCUGGUCUAUCUUUAGUGAUCAACCUCUGCAUAUGGCCAGAAACAGCUGUCGACGGCCUUGGACGAGCGUUAAAUGAAACCUUUUCCAGUAGUCGAGACAUGCUUGAUAUGAUCACCCGUCAAUUCUUUCUGGAUCCGCAAAGCGACAUGAUGACCCCUGACAAGAUAGACGAAGUGGCCGCCAAACUAAGAACGGGAAUGACCAAAGUCAAAUCAGCUUACCGUGAAGCAAAGUACGAAAUAUCGAUUGCCUGCAUUCGCCCCCAGGAUCUCGGCACUAUCCGCAAAAGUCUGGACCGAAUGACUCGACAUUUAAAUAUUCUUGGUGGAUGCGUUAAAUCAGAACGUGAAUUGUUUGAAAGCGCUCUUGAAUUUUUGGCGGCCGAAAUGAGUGAUAUGGAAAGUGAAGACGAUUUACGAAGCGUAUAUACGAGCGGUGAGGAAGAUCAAUCCAGCAGUCAUCGGAGAUCAGGAUUACCAAAAGUCUACAGCGAGGAAGAUUUGCAUCUUUUGAAGGCAGCAUUACGUGCGACUACCGAUUACACGCAGACAGGAAAAUAUACUAGUCCACGAUCAUCACGCGCCCCUUCGCGCCGCAAUUCUAUUGAUGACGACGACGACGAAUCCGACCAUCACCAACGCUCAGUUACUUCUUUUAAAUCGUUUCUCAAUUUAUCCAAACUUUCCAGGCCUAAACCCAAACCUCCGCGCAAAUCGAAAAAGCAGAUCGAGUAUGGAACUCGCCAUCUUUUGAUGACCUAUCUCGAAAGCCUGCGUGAUCCUUUAAUGCAGUUGUCACUGGAGUGCACUGAAGUGAUGGCGUGUGUUUCUUACGGCAUUCUCGACGAAUUGGACAUGCAUGAUGAAACUAACAAGACAACUCACAAAUCCUUGGCUGCCUAUCUGCGACAUCUCUUCAAAUUAGGACCAAAACGGGCCGAAUCCAUCAACUCGCAGCUGGCAUUGCAUCGCGAUCAUUGUAAUUGUGCUCAGACGAUUCGGGACGCUAUUCGAGAGUUUGACGAACAAGAAAAGAAGCGAAUGCAAGCUCUAUACCAAUCAAACCAAUCUCGCAACAAUGGCGCAUUGGAUCUCGGUAUGCGCGAGGAGUUAUUCCUUGUAUUCUUUUUCAUCUUCACGCUGCGAGAAGUAGCCAAUGAGCUGGAAAUCAUGACUAUCAAUAUGGACGAACUGCGUUCGAACUCUCGGAAGCGCGGAAGAGAAGGAAAACGACGUCGAAGACUUUACAUGCCGCAGAUCAAUGUGAAAUGGUGGAAAAAGUGGUCAGCAUGGAACAAUCAUCAAAGCAUGCGCGACAAAGGCGGUUAUGCCUACGCCAGUUUAAUUAGAGCUAUGCCCAACGAUGAGCGGACGCCUGAUGCUCAUGAUGAAUAUCGCCUCGCCAAAAUCCAGACAACCGGUAGCCUAAAGCGUCAAGUGACAAGAAGAGGGUCCAAACUUGCCAGAGCUCCUUCGCAUGAAAGUAGCACUAUUGCACCCACAACCCCUAUCCGCCGUCGAGCAGUCAAUAGAAUGUCACGAUCCUCAGACGCAACUACUUCGCCCACAACCCCAGAAACCAUCAAUGAGAAAAAUGUAUCUUUUGACCCAGAGGCGCAAGACUAUGAAAAGCAAGCAGAGGAAAAGACACCUGUCUUUUUGCAUAUUCGUUACAACAUCUGGAAAUAUCUUCAAUACGUCAAGCGGUACGAGUUCAAAUUUGCAAUGAAAAUGGCCGUGGCUGUUUCUGUAUUGUGCUUGCCUGCAUUCGUUCCCUCUUCAAUGGCUUGGUUUCGAAGCGUUCGUGGUCAAUGGGCUUCAAUGACGGUCAUUGCCAUUAUGAAUCCUACGAGUGGUGGCACAUUGCAAGCUAGUCUUUGGCGUAUUCUGGGAACCUUAAUUGGUGCCUUCAUGGGUUGGGCCGCGCUGGAAGCAGGUGGUGGAGGCCCUUAUCUUCUGGCGUUGUUUGCCGUUGUCCUUGCGAUUCCAUUUUUCUAUAUCCAUCUUGCUAGUACCUACAAUAAAGUGGGUAUCGUAGUCCUCGUUACGUACAUGGUGGUGGCUUUGAGUCGAUACGCUGUCCCUGUACCAGGGGAAACAAUUGCUCAGACUGUAUGGAAACGAACCGUUACCAUGAUCGUCGGCAUUUGCGUCGCCAUGUGCCUGAACUGGAUGGUGUGGCCAUUUAUAGCCCGUCAUGCCACGCGAAAAUCUAUAUCCGGCAUUCUGAGUGAAUUUGGCGACUAUUACACCUUUUUGAUGGGAACAUUCUUGUAUCACCACCCCAUGUCUCCUCCCACAGAAGAAGACAUCAAAAAAGCGACAAAAAUUGAGAACCGGAUUCAGUCGUUGAUUGACGCGGCGUCAGUGCUGUUGGAAUUGACAAACCAUGAACCACGGCUUAAAGGACCCUUUCCCAAGGACUUUUACAAGGAAAUGAUUGUAGCUCUUCGUAAUUUGCUGGAUCGUAUGCUAAGUAUCCGUACAGCAUUGACAAAAAUGUCGCCUUUUGUGAAACGAGACAUAUGUGAUCAAGAAUAUUAUCUAUACCGACGUGAUAUGAUUGCAGCCAUGCUUCUUCACUUUCAUACCCUUGCCGCAUCGUUGCGUUCUAAAAUGCCGUUGCCGGUUUAUAUGCCCUCUGCCAGAGCGGCGCGAACUCGCCUCAUCACACAUCGUCAAGAGGAAUCCGAUAAGGAAAAAUGGGUGAGGUUCCGUAACUUGACAUGGUUUGCUAUGGCUUGCUCCACAGAGGAGAUUAUCGAGGAGCUUGAAUAUCUGACGAACCUCGUGAAAUUCAUUGUGGGUGAAAGCAGAUAUGCGGAUAAAGCCAAACGCAUUGACAUGAUCAUGUCAAACGGAAGCACUCAAUGAUGCUUUGUAUAUUUUUUAUUUUUUAUUUUUAUUUUAACUGUAUAUUAAAAAAUCUUCGGGAGUUAUGCACAUUAAAUCAGGUACACGGUCUCUGAUUGGCUAGAAAGCAAAAACAAUACAUUUUACUGGG